GCUCCGCCCCUGGCAGGUUAGGGGGCGGAGCCUGGCGGUGCGGAGCCGGGGCAGCCAGGCAGCGCGUCUUUCGCUGCGGCUGUGCUCUCCUUCUGUCGUCGGGUGGUUUGCUCCUCUGCGCCUUUUCUGUCCUGUCCUGGAUACAAAGAGAGGAGAUAAAAGACAGAGCAUGAGAGCGACGAGGGAAGCAGCAGGGGGACACCAGCGACCCAGGUCUGGGCUCGGACACUACUUCUGGACCGUCCGGGUUUAGCAGGAGGACAUGGGUAAAACUUUGCACAUUCUCCAGAAAUCCGCAGAACGUGUGCCGACUGCAAUCUCGCUGGAUGCGAGUUUAAAUAUGGACGAAGCGGAAGAUUUCACGGAGCAGCCGAUCGUUGGGCUUUCGGACAAAAUACCUCUAGUGAAACCCUAUUUCAGGAAGAAACAGAGGAAAUUGGACCACAAAUGCCUCCAACGCGCCCUGGACCCGAUACUGACUAGUUUAUUGAGCACGGAUACUCUGGUGUCCGGGGAUGGGGUGUUUGUUCCCCGCAGCCAGCCGGGCAGAACUCCGGGCACCCUGUGCGCGGCGGCGGUGGUGAAGCAGAGCUGCGUGGGGCAGGUGUGUCUCAAAGACCCGGCAGCCGCCGAGAAUGCAGCGGCUGCGACCGGAGUCCAGGGGCUGAUGAGCCGGGACGUCGACGUGGAGAUAGCCGAUACUACUGCGGAGCUAGAGGAAACGGAGCGGCCCCAGCUGAAAGCUGGCCUCCGAGCUGCGGAGAGCGCAGAGACAAUCCCACCCUCAGAGAGGGAUAUACCUCCCAUAGUCACACCCCAGGUUCCUCACCAGGAGGGGAGCGUCAUCAAAAGCAAAGACCUCCUAACCUCUGGCGCUAAAAGUGUUUCAGUGAAAGACUCCUCUGCGAUCCAGGACCCCCACUCCCAGCUCCUGCAGCCAGACAAAGGGGUGCUGUUCCAGAAUAAAAGCGAAGAGGCCUCCCUGGACCUAGUGUUUGAGCUGCUCACUCAGCUCCAGUAUCACACGCACCAGUCGGACUCUGUAGACAUUUGUGUGGAUUUCCUCCAGGGACGGUGUGUUUUUGGGAAUGACUGCGCCCACCACCACACCGUGCUGCCCUACCACUGGCAGAUCCGCAGGAGCAACACUCAGACAUGGCAGAGCAUAGCAGACGAUUCCCAGGAGCAGCUGGAGAGACUGUACUGCAACCCAGACCAGGAACAAGUCCGGCUCAAGUUUCAGGGCCGGGUGUUUCUGCUGGAGUUUGCGACGAUGCGAGUGUGUGACCUGGAGUUCGACUGCGUCCGACGGCUGACCACUCCCCCCUGCCCUCUUCCCGUUCCUGCAGCGAACCCUAACUCCACCCCGAGCUGUCACACAGUGUGGAAGUACUACUGCAGAGACAACAUUGGUUGGAGGGAAUACUCUGAGCCGGUGGUGAAGCUCAUCGAAGAGGCAAGUUCGAGGGGUCUUAAGGAGGUCCGAUUCAUCACGCUACAGAACCAGUAUAUCCUCAACAUCAAGGAGGGCUUCCAGCAGAAUGCUGUCUUCGGCUUCAGACGGCAGAUCAAGAAGCGACCCAUGUUCAUGUCGUCUGUGAUCCUCACACCGCACCUCCAGACUUUGGGUGGUCUCUCUUUACCCGCUCUCCCCUCCACGUCCGCACCUGCACCCACUCCGAUGGACGUCUCCUCGUCACAUCCCCUCUCGCCGACAUCAACCAACCCUCCUAGCCUUUUUCCAGAGACAUGGCUGCCCAUGCCGAUGAGCCAGGACUUCUUGCGGGUGCCCGUGUCGCGCGAAGACCGCAGCUACAGGACGGUGUACAGCCUGUUUCACAAGACAGUAUCAGAAACCAAGUUCAGGAUCAUCAAGAUCCAGCGCGUCCAGAACCCCUUCCUCUGGGAGAAGUAUAAGAGGAAGAAGGAGUACAUGUCACGCCGCAUGUCUGAGAUGGACCGGCUGCUGAGCGAGCGCCACCUCUUCCACGGCACCUCGGCCGACGUUGUGGACGGCAUCUGCAAGCACAACUUUGACCCUCGCGUCUGCGGCAAGCACGCCACCAUGUUCGGCCAGGGCUCCUACUUCGCUCGCAGGGCCUUCUACUCCCACAACUUCUCCAAGCGCUCGCCCAAGGGAGUCCACUGCAUGUUCUUGGCCAAGGUCCUCACUGGCAGGUUCACCGUAGGAAACUCCUCCAUGCGCAGACCUCCACCCAUCAACCCUCGGGACCCCUCCAGUGACCUUUAUGACUCCUGUGUGGACAACUGGGUGGACCCCCAGAUUUAUGUCAUUUUUAACGACGACCAGAGCUACCCUUACUUUAUUAUUCACUACGAGGAGGUACCCAAUACAGUCGCCAUAUAAGUCCUGCAUCAGAGCUUUUGGCGUCUGUGCUUGCAAAUGCUUGUGAGUCGCGGUCUGCACGCGCCCCGUUAAGGUAACAGAUGGACUGGGGUUUUUAUGAAGUUUUAAAAAGGACCAACUAAAACCAAAUGAUCCAACCAACUCUGUUGGAGUGUUGCGGUCCAGCGCUGCCCAUCUGGUACUUUAAACAGGUGAAAGCAGACCAGGAGAUGCUUGCAGAUGUUCGGCGAUUCGCAACGUCUGUCAACUGGACUGCAUUAGACCAGAUUAAACUGGACUAAACUGGAUACUCAAAGGACAGCUUCUCUUGGUGUUAAGACUUGAGUGGACUUACCGCACCUAAUGAAUCAGGAUCCCAUGGAUGUUCAUCACUGAGCCAAAGCAGAUUUGAUUUGUUUUCUUGCUUUGGAACAAACACAGAAAAAAAAACCUAAACUUUGUCCCUUUUAUUAUUUAGGAUUAAUGUGUACAUGAAUAUGUUUAGAGGACAAACACUGUCAGAGACGGUUAAUAUCCUGACUGUACUGUGAAUGACCAGCUAGUGAAAUUACAGCGUUAAGGAAUCAGAACUCAGCCAAUCAGAUUCCUCAGUAGAGAAAUCAUAGUUCCUUUCACCCAGCCUCCUGCCCGUACAUGUUUUAUUUAAACUCUGUGCUGCGUGUUUGAACCUCUUGAUCUAGUGGACGUUGAUCUUGUGGCCUAUUCAUCCAGACAAUGGAGACGAGUCUCACUGUAAACCUCCUGGAAGAGGAUUCCCGUGAAACUGCUCCCAGUCGCUCGACUUUUCUUCACUCCCGGCUACAUGGACCUUACCAGAAGGGCAGCGUUUCAUUGGCUGAUGCUCAUUCUAUGUGGUAGUCUGGCUACCACGUGCGUGGCUGUCUCACAAACUCAUGCUUCCUGUUCGCUAAGUACAGCAUAAUGGCAGCACUGAUACAACUUCUACACCUUGAAGCCUGUCUGCUACGCAGUCUUACGUUAGCUAAACAGAUCAAUAUGCAAUGUGUCUGUAUCUGACAUACACUAAAGAUUUUAUUUUAGCAGAAAAGGCUUUGGACUAAACCGUUACUCGUGUUAGCCACGCUAGCACCAAGUACAGUGCAUCAGGCCUAGGCACACUCCAACAUUUGCCAACAAACUAUAGGAAUCACCCACUGAUUUCAAAAGUAACCUACAAAACGAUGAAUGCCCGACUUACCCAGCCUUGCAAGAACAAUAGGCAUCAGCGAUCUUGUCCACAGCUAUAUUGAUGUAGAGGGUGUGUGGAUCUGCCGUUUUCCUCAUCGAGCGAAAGCAUUUUGCUGAGAUGCGCACAAUGUUGGAGGCGUCGCGUGGCUCAAACACCUUGAUCUCCUCCAAAAAAGAUGACAUGAACUUGUUAGUUCCUCUGACCAUUGUAGUAGCUGAUAUAUUGUGAAAAUCCGGUAGAAAUGAUGCACUAAUCGAGUCAGAAAUACACUGCAGAGAAUCAGUCGAAGUGGAAGACGCCAUGUUUACAUAGAAACAACGCGCCGCGAGGCUUUGUUUGUGAGACUUGCGGCCACACGGGAUUUUCUAGGUUGGUUGUGGGCGGAGCUUGGUAAGGUCCAUUCUGGUUCCUGUCUGCAGGGUGACUGAAGAGUGUACGGUUUGACUCCUGCACAACGUGCUGCUGCAGUUGGGCUGCGCUGUAGCUUUUUUUGUC